AUGGAACGCCCUACCAACAUUGGUAUCAAGGCCAUCGAGGUGUAUUUUCCCAAGCGCUGCAUCUCAGAGGAUGAACUUGAGGAUUUUGAUGGCGUAUCCAAGGGCAAGUACACCAUCGGCUUCGGUCAGCAAUACAUGGCCUUCACAGACGACCGCGAAGACAUUAACUCGUUUGCGCUGACGACCGUGUCCAACCUGCUUGAAAAAUACCAUAUCGACCCAAAGUCGAUUGGUCGUAUUGAUGUCGGCACAGAGACCAUCAUUGACAAGUCCAAGUCGGUCAAAACAGUGCUGAUGGACCUGUUUGAAAAACACGGCAACACCGACAUUGAAGGUAUUGAUUCCAAGAACGCGUGCUACGGUGGCACGGCCGCACUUUUUAAUGCAGUGAACUGGAUGGAGAGCAGCAGCUGGGAUGGUCGCGACGCGCUUGUGUUUGCUGGUGACAUUGCCAUCUAUGCCGAGGGCAGUGCGCGCCCAGUCGGCGGUGCAGGCUCCGUGGCCAUGCUCAUCGGACCCGAUGCGCCUCUCGUGUUGGAACCGAUUCACGGCUCGCACAUGUCAAACAUGUGGGACUUCUACAAGCCCGACCUUUCGUCGGAGUACCCCCAGGUCGAUGGACCACAGACGCUUUAUGCCUACCUGGGCUCCAUUGAUAAGGCCUACGAUGCCUUCCGCCUCAAAUACGCCAAGAUGGCUGAGAAGAAAGGCCUACCCACCUUUGAGAAAAAGUCGUCGGAUGAACGCACUGCCUUCACGAUGGACCAAGUUGACUUUGCUAUUUUGCACAGUCCCUACGCUAAACUCGUGCAAAAAGGCUUUGCGCGUCUUUUCUUCAACGACUAUUUGGUGGACGCAGCCAGCGAAAAGUAUGCCUCCAUCCCACAGGAGUUCAAAGAAGUGGACCGCCAUCAGAGCAUCAUGAACAAGGACUUGGAAAAAACAUUCAUGGCAUGGAGCAAGUCGGCCAUGGCAUCCAAGCUCGAGCCAGGUAUGACGACGGUGCGCCGCUGCGGUAAUAUGUAUUCGGGGUCCCUAUACGGCGGCCUCGCCUCGCUCGUCUCUAACGUGCCUGACACAGAUCUCCAGGGCAAGCGCGUACUCAUGUACUCGUUUGGCUCAGGCUGCGCCGCGUCCAUUUUCACAAUCCGCGUGGCUGGAUCCACGGAGAAUAUUCGCCAGACGCUGAAUCUGGAAGCGCGUCUCCAGAACAUGCAGAUUGUCUCCCCAUCUGCUUACGUGGAUGCGCUGCAGACACGCGAAAAGACGCACAAUGCUGUCAGUUAUGAGCCGAAAGGCAGCCUCGAGGAUAUCUGGCCCCACUCAUACUACCUCAAGAAUGUGGAUGAAAAGUUCCGUCGUUUCUAUGAAAAAAGGUCCAUCUAG